CAUUUUGUCUGAAAAGACAAAAAAUCGAAAAUUUAUUAGAGUCGGCUAUUUGUUCGUUAGUAAUUUUACGUGCGCUGCGGAAAAUUAGCUGCUUUAAUUUUUAAGAAGAUGUCUUUCUUAAAUCGCAAUCUCAGUCGAACAAUCAAAGCGGUCGUGCGCGGCAAGCACACAUUACCCAAACUCGAAUACGACUAUGGUGCGUUGGCUCCAAUUAUCAGUAAAGAUAUUUUGGAAGUACAUCAUGGCAAACAUCACCAAACCUAUGUUAAUAACCUGAAUGCAGUGGAAGAGCAAAUGACAGAGGCACACAGCAAAAAAGAUUUAAAUAAAGUGGUUGAACUUUCCAAGAAUUAUGCUUUCAACUGGGGCGGGCAUUUAAAUCAUUCAAUUUAUUGGCAAAAUCUAUCUCCAACCAAAUCGGAACCUUCUGCUGAAUUGAAGAAAGCCAUUGAAGAACAAUUUUGCAGUAUGGAACAAUUCAAAAAGGAUUUGUCUGCUUUGUCAGUCGGUGUUCAGGGCUCCGGUUGGGGUUGGUUGGGCUUUAACAAAAAGUCUAAGAAAUUACAAAUUCUGGCUGUGAGCAAUCAAGAACCAUUGGAAGCACUUACUGGUUUGGUGCCAUUAUUUACUAUAGAUGUCUGGGAGCAUGCUUACUAUUUGCAAUAUAAGAAUGUACGCGCUAAAUACGUUGAGGCAAUAUGGGAUAUUGCAAAUUGGAAAGACAUCUCCGAUCGUUAUGCCAAAGCUCUUUGUAAUUAAUAGAGGCAUACCUUUUAGAUGUAAUAAGAAUUUUGCCUAUUUAGAAAAACAAUAAUACCAGCUUAGGAAAUUAUCAUGUAAUACAAACAUAAAACGGCUUCUUUAGCAA